UAGCCGCGUGAGAGGAAUGAGUUUACACUGCGACAGCGGACAGAGUUCAAGUCAGUCAGUCGGUCGGUGCCGCUAUCAACCGCUGCAUCGCGUUGAGCCUCUCGGAGGUCUCGCGACGAACACGCAGCCGGUACGGUACCCCUUUUCUUUCUCCUCUUUCUCUCACUUUGUCUCUCCUCUCCUAAACGGCCGAUUUCCCGCGGAAUAGGAUGUAUGUAUCGAUUUAUUAGUAAAAAUUGUGCACACACACCCUUCUCUUCGGAGGAAGAGUAUACGUAUGCACGUGCGUGCGGAGCAACGAGGGGCGAUGUAAGGCGAUGUAAAGCGGGCGAUUGGGGCGGAGCGAUGUAGUACAAAGGCAACAUGUUCCUGUUGCUGUCAGUGCACGAACGGAGGUUGCUGCAGUAGCCGACCACUCUGAGAGACUACCUAUCGAUACAAGCACGUCCCACUUUUUCCAAGUAAACGUCCCGCAGAUCAUGAAGUGGCCCUCUGUCAGCAAGUCAUUCACGUGGACGUUCUGCCUGUCCACCCUUUUAUUCCUGCCAGCGAGAACAAAUGCCCUGGAGGAGAAUUGUACGGAUUUUCAGGGUGGCACUGUUAAACACGGCCUCUUCUACGUGCCAGGACCUGCGGUUUGCAGUCUCUGCGUCUGCUAUCAUUCCGAGCCAUUGUGGUGUAAGGCUAUUUACUGUACGCCACCAUACAAAUGCAAAAGGUUCCGCGUGGGUGAACGCUGCUGCGAGUUCGAGUGUCUCGACGAUAGCGACGAUUGGAGUGGCCCAGACGUGUACGAUGCCGCAGGAUCGUCCAAGAUCAACGAGCAGAGUCCUGUCAUGUGCCUGUUGGGCCUAUUGAUCGCGUUAUCGAUGGUGCCUUAGUAACAGACGAGAAUCGUCAUCGCCAUAGAUCUUCCCCUCAUCGGAUAAUUCCAAGAAUUCGCCCAUCAGUGAUAAUGGUGACGACGAUGACGACGACAAGAAAAUUACGUACAAGAAAUCCUCGAGGCAGGUUUGUCUCGUAUGUUCUUUACCCGUAGAGAGUAAUUAGGUCGUCCAUUUGGAAUAGCGCGAGCUCAGUUAACCGAGAACUGCAGUUUCUUGUAAUAGACCGAUACAGUUCGAUCGAACGAUCGAGUCGCUUUUUCAAAAUAAUUGAGGAAACGAAAUGUUGACUUGACGAAUAACAAGCAACAGAGUUCAUAAAUGUAGUCGUUUCGACGCUAGUUUCAAUGGUAGCUGUUGUUAUUGCAUCACCAAAUUAAGAAGAUUUAUAUUUUUUUCAUAAUUUUGAUAAGAGCAAAGCUUGAAAAAAAUUGUGAAUUUGGUCAGGUUUGAUACGCGCGCGCGUACACAGAGACACACACACACACAAAAGCGAGUCUUUUUGAUUUUCUCCAUUUUUCGACUUCUUUCGAAAUCCAUUUUCUCAUAUUUUUCCACCCUGUCAAAUUCGAUGUGAUAACACUUAUCAGACGGCACGCAAACUCGAUAUCGAGUUAAAACCUACUCAUAUUCGAACGUGAAAGAAUGACGUGAGUAGCUCUUGGCCUAAUCCGAACGCUCACAAUCAGACCAGUCAGCCACUGUCGUAUACGAGGUGCACUUGAUCUCGUUUCGAGUAAAAUUCAGCAUUAGGUUGUACAGAAAAUAUGUGCGAUAAGGCAGGUAAAAUUAUCGUAAGAAAAUUAAUUCGAUGCUCAAUUCUCGGUUAGCCCAGCUUAAUUGGUAGCAAUUCUGCAGUUAAGCUGACGUUAUCUUGACGUCGAAAUGACGACAAGACUACCUAGGUAGCAGCUCGAGAAUGGAUAUGAGGGAUACGAGAUUAUAAUAAGAAUUGGCGAAAACAUUUGGCAUCUCGCCUUCGACAAUAUUCGCGCUCGAGACGUGUGCGUGUGUACUAGGUAAAAAUUUGUUGAUUGUCGCAAAACGAUGUGUGAUGCGACAAAAGAAACGUGUCGGGUUGAGUUGAGAGAUUAGUGCGCAGAUACACAAGUCUCUCGUCAGCGAACACUAUAGGAGCUGGAACGUUUCGUCGAGUGCGUGAUAUCCUCUUUGUUUGAAAGAGAGACUCGAUUCAAUCUCCAAUUCAAUCCACUUUUUACCCUUCGUUCGCUUUGCUCUACUUUGCUAUCGGGUUCGCCGAUAAUGAGGCGUUUCUUUUAAAAGGACAUCUCGCAUAAAAUUCAUUCUCUCAUGAUCCGUAUGCAUAAAUCUUGGGCAAAUUUCCUUUCGACAGUCGCGCUUUCGAUAAUGUUUGUUUCGCGUGCGCGAGAAAAAGCUUUUCCCUCGUGGAGAUAAAAUUAGCCGAGUCAAGCGGUCUCUUUGUCAUAUCUAAUGACAAAGUGUUCGCUCGCGUACGUUACCAGAUUUUACUACAAGUUCAUACAAAUCGAUCUCAUUGAUUGAGAGAAAACUUGUAACGUAAACGCAUGUUUUUAAAACGAAAAAAUAUAUUCUUAUAAUAUAGGCAUCGUUUGUGCAUUCUUAUUGCGAGAGGGUUUGUCUGUUAAAAUCUUUUUAUUACACGCGUGAACAUGUUUUAUUUCGAAAUAGAAACUUGAAUAGAAUAAUAUCGCUAUGCAACUUUUGACUUGGUGAAAGUUUGGACGUUUUGUAUCUCAACAACGUACUUUUCCGCCCGCUUCCAUAUUGCAAAACAUUUCGAUUACUCUCCAAUUGACACUCGAUCACUAAUUCACUAUUAUUCGCACAUUUCAAAGCGGCGAUAAUUAUAAUAAGCGCCUGAAUUUUCACGCGAUAACAAGCCAGUUAAUUAUAAUUGCUGUCGAUUUGCGAUACCGCGCUAUUAAUUGUUGGUCGGUGAAUAAAUCGAGAAGCAUAAAUGAUUAAUAUAAUUAAACGAGAAGAGUCUAAUAUUCUUAAGUAUUAUGUGACAAUUGCCGAUUAGUGAUCGAUGCGAAUGCGACUUUGGAGCCUUGCCAUGUUAUAGAAAUCUGUUAUUUUCUAACGCUUACCGGAAACCGAUAUAAAAAAAAAAGCAAAGGAGCCGACUGCUUUUAACGAAAUGCGAAACGAUAUUCCAAUACCAACAGCAGCCGAUAAAGCCGAUAAAGCCGAUAAAGCCGAGCAACAUGGGGCCACACGAAUUGUAAUAGUAUAACGUACCCAAACGUGCUUUCUUGAUCUUUUCAGGGUGAACAUGAAAAUACGGUGCUAUAUUAUAAGUCAUUCCUCGCUAAUAAUAAGAGAAAUGGCGCUACUGUAUAUUACGAAUAUCUGCGAGUCUCCAGUAUUGCGACACCGCGUAUUCCGGUAUUUGCGCACGUAUAUGCUUGUCUGUGAUAUAUAUAAUAUAAUAUAUAUAUUUUUACGACGUUUGAUUACUCUCUCCUCGUCCUUGGAUCGCUAAUCGCUUUGCGAAUUUCGGAGGCUUCGAUUAGCGCUGUGAAUAUCUCUGCCGAAAGCAUCCUCUUAAAGAAUUGGAGAUGACAAAAGAGAGGCUGGAACAAUCGUAAUUGUGUAAAGAUGACGAUGGUAAUAGUGAAUAACAUAUUGAUUAACGUGUAUACAUAUAUAUACAUAACGUAUAAUCGAUUAAUUAGGCGGAAAUUCUAUUUACUACAUGAGAAAGGGAUUAUUACGAAGAAUUGUUAUUCUUUUGAAAAAUGUUUAUCCAUAAGAUUCUAUAUAAACGUUACGAUCGUUAGGUAUCGUUAAUGUUGAUAAAAAUCAUCUGUCACGUUUGACUGCGCAAAAAGCGAGAGAAUGAUGGCGCGCGAAUCAAUUGUUGUGUGAAUCAAGGUCCGUUCUAUCACUACCACAGGGUAUUUGCGAAUAAGUUCCGCGCGAGCUCUUAAUAUUGCGUGUGUGGUGCAUUAGAGCCUAAUUUAUACAUUUCUUACUUCCAUCCGUCGCACGGAAGUUGAUAAUAUAUCUUGGUCGUUAGGAGCUUGCUCACUUAUUACCAUGUGUUUAUACCAUAUUGAAGCGUUGAAGGCAAUCUUUCAAUCGCCUCAAUUUAAGGUACUAAACAUCUCAAUUGAGCCGCUUUCAAUACCGAAGGCGUAUUAGUUUCCGAGUCUUGACUCUCUUGAAUUUUAAAUAUGCGCCUUGCCCGAGUUUCGCGCAACAAUCAAGGCAAAGUUGGACAAACGGCACCACCGAAGCCGAAUUAAUAGUUUGAGAUAAAUAAAUGAUUGUAACUCAAAUACGAUAGACUUGUUCGCAGUACCAGCCUGGCUCGGACGUGACCUAAUUUUUCAUGCAAUCUUGCUAUGUUUUCAAAACUUUCAUCAAAUUUGCCAGACUUUUGGAUUGCUUUGAGAUUGCUCAACUAUAUCUCUCUUUGUAAACACACGCUUAUAUUUAUGCUUUUCCUCUCUUUUAUAGCUUACAUUUUAUAAAAAGCUUACAUUUUAAGUAGAAAACUGACCUAACCUAAUUUACCAGAGAAAGAGAAGAUGUGUUAGUGUGUGUGUAAUAUAUCGAUGUAAUUUUACUGCAAUACGUACUUUCGACAUAACAAUGUCAUAUAAUGAUCCAGGGGCCUUUUAUGUGUGAGUGAUGAUUCAAAAUCUACAUAUAUGAAAUUACAAUAAAAUUCAAAAUACUAAACAGA